AUGUCAAAUUACGGCUCAAACACACAGCCCGGCGGUUACCAAGGCGCUCCACAGAACUACGCCCAGCAGCAGCAGUAUGGACAGCCAGGCCACACGCACAAGUCUGGCGGCAUUUUUGGGCAGAUGAUGAGCCAGGCUGUCUCCACUGGAAAGCCCAUGGUCGAUCGGCUGGGACAGACACUGAGCUCGAAACUUGGAAACAAACCCGCCCCUGGCCCUCCUCAGCAUCUGCAGAGUUACCAGAACUACCAGAGCCACCAGAACCCGCAGGGUCAAGGCCAUGGUUACCAACAGCCGCAGGUUCAGACAUACACUCCUCCGCCGCAACAACAGCAGCAGUGGCAACAGCCUCAACAGCAACAACCAACUCUGCCAACGACCUCUUACACUCCUGUACAGCCUUCACCAUACCAGCCAAACUAUUAUCAUGGAGCCUCGACUGCUGCUCCACCAAGCCAGAACAACUACUACCCACAACAGAGCCCUCCUCCUCCACCACCAGUGCAAGUGCCUGCUGCACAACAACCACUGAGCGCGCCAGGUUACAACACAUCUGAAUAUGGGCAAGGGCAGCAGGGCCAGCUCGGACAGACCCACGCUAUACAAUCCCAACAAUACAUCCCGCAUGGGCAGCAGAAUGCAUAUAACAGCCAGGAAACUGGCUUUAUAGCGGGAGGCCAGACUGGGCUUCAGCCACAGUCGGGAUAUCCUCCUGCGCCGCCAGUGCCACCACAUCCAAAAAUCUCACCACCAGAAUCAACAGUGUCUCCAAGUCAACAGCCGCAAUGGGGGUAUGCGCAAGGUCAUGCUCCACAUGUUGGUCAGCAGCAGCAAUCAUAUUCGCCGGCGCCAAACACGCCAUCCCAACAAGAGCUGCAGCAUCAGCACCAACCACAACCGCCAAAUCUGCCUGCUUCAAACACACCGUACCAGCAAGAACAAAUUCAGCAGCAGCAAUGGCAUCCCGUGCCACCUGCCAGUCCAGUAGCUCAAGUGGCGAAUCCAAUCUCUCCAUCAAUGAGUCCUCCACCGCAGCACAAAGAUGUACAAGGACAGAUGCCACCGACAGAUCUUACACAGACACAACCGUCUACGCCAGCACCUCAACGCUCUGCGUCUCCAGCUGCGUCCACCGAACUCACCGCUGAAUUACCCGCCGACUUGGGAAGCUUGAAACUGGGAGAUUCGCCUGUUGGCACGAACGCGGCCACUCCAUCCUCACAGUAUCUGGCACAUAGUCCCCCCACACAGGCUACUUCACCGUCCAAAGGUUUUACAGUUCCCUCGCGAAAGGCCAGUGCCAGCAACCUUUAUUCAUACAACGGGUACACGGCGCUUGCGCAUCAAUUCGGACUGGAAGGUAUCCCACACGUCAUGGUUCCUGUACAACCUCACUUGGCGCCCAUAUGGAAUUUUGAUCAGCAGGCGCAUGCUGAAGAGCUCAAGAUAUCAGAGCCGCCCUCUGCUAUAUCAUCGUACGCAACAUACAUGCCCGCGCUCAACCGCGCUGGCUGGUACAAGUUCUUCUUCCUCGAGAUUGUGCAGAAUCCCGACGAGAUUUCCACACUGAUGCCAGCGUUAUGCGCAGACACGUAUAAGCCUGGGGUACUCAAUCACCCUGACUUGAGUAAAAGGGACAAGUCAGAAGUUCAGGCUCUGCGAUCACGCGCCGACGAAGUGCAGACACUCGCGAUCAAGCGCGUGGGCGACGAGGCGAGGACGGCCAUGAUGCUCGAUCCCAAUAUUCCUGUAUCCAGUAUGGUCAAAUCCGGGGGAUCUUCGGCGGCGUCUGGGACGCUAGAGCCCGGAUCACCUGAGGAUAUAGCGGUGCGAAUGCAUCGAAUUCAAGCGGAGCGGCAGUUCAACGACAUGGCGGUGAGGACGGUACUUGGCGCAGGCAUCACGUUUGGACCAUCAGGUGGCUACUCGGGCGGAUAUGCCAGCUUAGUAUGAUAGGUAGCUUUGAUAUACGCGUUGUGCAUAAGAAGUACAAGAUGUAGUGCAUCACUGUAAAACCAUGAGCCAGUGAAGAAGCAUGUUUCGUUUCGUUUGAAAACCGACAGGCUGAUAAUUGGUGCAUCACCAGAUUUUCUGUGGGCUUUUAGCAUUAAGUUGACGUGAAAAUUUAUCUCGAUGCCUAAAAUGGAUCAGAUGAAUUGCGAAACACUGCGUUGGUUGAGGGGGCGGUUGAGCAAAUAGCGUGUAUCUGCUGUAGUUGGUCUCUCGAAAUUCACAAACAAGGCUCUGUUUCGAC